CAAAAAAAAAAAAAAAAAAAAAAAGAAGAAAAAACUGUUAUUUCUUUCAAGCUCAGACGACAUUUUCAAACACACCAAAAGAUCGAAAAUCUCAAAACUUUUUUUGUUUUUUUAUUUUUUUUUAUUUUACAACUCUCUGACCUCCAUUUCCAAAAGCUUAAAAGAACUCUGAGAGAGAGAGAGAGAGGGAUGAAGAUACAGUGCAAUGGGUGCCAGACUGCGGAGGCCAACGUUCUUUGCUGUGCGGACGAGGCGGCUCUGUGUUGGGCUUGUGACCAGAAAGUUCAUGCGGCUAACAAGCUCGCCGGAAAGCACCAGAGGGUUCCACUCUCAAGCUCUUCAUCUUCUCCCAUGCCCAAGUGCGAUAUCUGCCAGGAGACAAUUGGCUACUUCUUCUGUUUACAGGAUCGAGCUUUGCUCUGUAGAAAAUGUGAUGUUGCUAUACACACGGCAAACCCCUACGUGUCCAGCCAUCAAAGAUUCCUGCUUACUGGGGUGAAAGUAGGGCUUGAAGCAACAGGACCUUGUGUAUCCCCUCUCAUGGGGAAUUUUGAUUCCAUUAAAAAACCUUCUGAAUGUGCAAUUUCUCAAUCCGCGUCCAGGAAAGUUGUAGUCCCAUCCACCAGUGAGAUAAAAGAAGCAAUACUUCCUGUACAAAAUGACAGAGCUGGGACUAUCAUAACAAACACAACACCGUUUAAUGGAGCUACAAGCUCUGGGAGUACACCUGCUGGGUGGCACUUGCAAGAAUACCUUGGGUUGACAAAUCUUGAUCAGAACCAUGGUGUCCUGGACAAUAUACCUACUAAGUUUUCCGGCAGAUACUGUAUGUAGUUCAAUAUCAUCUAAAAUUUUGGACAAUGAUAUGGAGGGCUAGGAUAUAUCUGAAAACUUCUUCAGAAUUUCCAGAUUUGGCAGUGCAGAGCUGAAUGAUAGUUUUAAGGUUUGGAUUUUGUUGGCAGACAUCUCAAGGGCAGUGCUGGAGGCAAGAAACAUGGGGGAAAACCCACAUCUAAUGUAUAAGUACCACAAAAUGAUAUAGACUGUAGUUCUUAAGUUGGGAAACUUUCAAUGGACAUCAUUUUUAUCUUCACACAUAUAUGCCAAAGUGGUGAAAUGCAUAGGGAUAAAGCACUUCGUACGAGGAAAUGUAUAGCUUUUAUUUAUUUUUUAUUUAUUUUUUUCAGUUUGCGGAUCAGUAAAUAUUAUAGUUUCUUUAAUUUGUUUGCUAAAUUCUGAGCCUUUUUAGUUAUGUAUUAUGUUUUGUAAAUAUUAUAGUUUCUUUACUUUGUUUGCUAAA